AUGACUACGAGUGAAGCAGACAGUUCAAGUUUCGAGGGAAAAUCUCUCUUUCGUCUCUUGACGCUGAUACGGGAGACUCAGUGUGAGGUGGAGGUGGUGAAGCCACUUCUGGAUGAGUUGGAAGUCAUGCGGCUGUGUCGCAGCUUCGGCAUGAUGUCAUCGGUGAACCCAACAGAUUUUGACUUUGACAUCCUGGACGCCCGCGAGUUCGACGAGGACUUUACGCGGUUCUUGCAGUCUGACUUGCUGGAAAACAAGUGGCAGGAAAAGGUGAGAUUCAAGGGGCUAUUUGGCAAGCAAGCGCAAGUUUUAGCGACGUUGGUUGAUUUGAAAGCGUGCUCAGCCGAUAUUUUGGCUUCGCUCACUGAACUUGGUGAAGGGGUCUAUUGUGUGAAAAUUGCAGCAGAUAGCUGCAGUGAUUCAAGCAGAGAUGACACCGCAAAAUUCGACGUUGGGCUGGUCGUAUUUUCAUGGCUUCGGGACGAGUUGUUUGAACCCCAACAGCUACGUGACACGACCACACUUGUGCUACGCUUUUUGACUGUAAUGACGCCUGACAUUAUCUGCUGCACCUCGACGUCGGACCUAGAGCAACUGAGAGCUGCCAUGAUCGACUCUGGGAAGCAGCAAGACGAAAGUUUAUCGUCGUACUCAGUAUUUUUCGCCAUCGAGAAGCAAGUGGAUGCGGUUGAUGGUACGAAGUGUGUAGCACAAAAGGUUGUAGACCUGAAAGACAUGAUGGAAGGAUGCUUGCGCGUUUGUUUGCUCAAAGGCAAUUACCCGGCGCUAAUUUUGACAAAAACGGUUGAGUCAAAACUUCAUGUCGAGCAAUUUCAGCAAAACUUUUCCGCAUCUGCACGCCUAAAGUUUGCGGCAUGGUUGAAGGAUGUAUCACGACAAUAUCGGGUGGAACUGAGCGGAACAAUUAUGAAGUCUGCAGCACUAACUGAGACCAUUCUCCGUGAGUUUGACAUGUGGCCUGCAACGCAGAUUGCUGCCGUUUCUGAGGCACGUACGAAGAGCGAUCAAGAGGAGUACGAGAUGGCGAAUGGACGGCUGGAUGAAGAGAUUGCUCGACAAAGAUCAGUAGUGAGGCGUCUAUCGAGUGCACUUUUCCAGCUCGAUCCUGGAAAUAUGAAAGGUAACUCCGUGGAAAAGGAACAGACGGUCAUGGAGUAUGAUGCAUUUCGGAAAUGGUUGAAGACUAAGUGGAAGGCGGAUCGCAAGCUGCAACUGAAUCUUGAUAUUCCUAUCCGCCUACGAGAAGUUGAACGAGCGGUUUUCGAACUGUAUUCGCACAAUCAAGACGAUGAUGUUGAGACGGUGUUGGGCAUGUGUGCUACUUCUACUAAAGAACAGCUUUUGCGUGCUGUGGCUGAACGCCGAUCUGCACAGGUGUCAAGCAGGUCGAAUACGAAAAGCGCAGAUAUCGACUUAUUCCGCGAAAAUGUCGUUGGACCGCUGUCGAAACUGCAAAAACAGUGGUUGUCUGCAAUUGAGAACUGUCUAACAAUGGUGAAAAUUGCUGGGCUAAAGCUGGUGACAAAUGAACAGAAACGCAAGCUGGAGUCAGAUGCUAGCUCGGCACCUAUCAUUCAACAUCAGUUCGAGCAACUACGCCAAAUGCUUCAGUCAACACACGGCCUGACAAUGAAGUUAGGUGUGACUAUGCGGAAGCGAGAGAUCACAUGUAAAGGCACGAAAGAGAUACAAGCAACGGACUCUAUGGUUGAGCAGGUUGUAAAGAUAGAGAUGGGCUCAUGCGAAUCAAGGGGCACGACCAUAGGAUUGGAAACUCUGGGUCAGUACUUUUUGAAACCGGGCGAAACACACGUGGCAAUGUUUACCAUUAAGACACGAUCGGCCGUGCACGUUUGUACUUUGCUGGGUCGAAUGCUUAUCAAGCUUGUACAUUUCCCACCAAGAAAUGGUGCUCGUCAGGUAUCGCAGGCGACUGAUACGAUUAUCCACACACUGGGAAAGAUUGCGUCUGUGUGUGACUAUGAUUGUCAGUCUCGAACGCUGGCGUUCCUUGCAGGAGAUUCUGUGGGUCUGUACAAAUGUGACGAGAAUUUCAAGCGAAUGGAAGUGAUCAAAGUCAUCGACUUGAAUGUUCGUUCGACCUUGAGUGAUCCGCCGUUCACAGAUGUAUUCUUGCUAAAGAGUACUGUAUACGUGACAGACUCUAGUGGGCAUUCCCAAGGCAUUGAUAUGCACACGGACCAGAUAAAUACUGCCGUGAGUGUGGAAAACCAUCCUGAUCAAGACGCUCGAUCUCGUAGUCGUCUCAUGUCAUUUGCUGAUAAUCUUGCAGCUGGAGUAGUAAUUGUGAAGCCCGGGGUUGAUGCUAAAUUCGAAGCGGAGUUACAAUGUGUCUCUCUUGACGAUGACCACCGUCAUCUUCCAGUGCUUCCGCUUAGUGUCGAACUGCUCACCCAGGAUCUUCAAGUGCAAUGCAUCAGCGGUUGGCUCCUGGCAGUUGACGCUGUAGCACAGAAUUUGCACCUCUUUUCAGUUGACGUCAGCGUCGAAAGUAAUUCAUUUCGGCUUCGACAGUUCGAUGAUGAAAACGAGGAAGACGGGUCCGAACCUGUUAAGACAGAAUCUCUCCGAAAGCAGCACUGGCUGUAUACGUUUUAUCACGUUUUUGAGAAAUUUCCAGUCCUGGGGCUGCUGGAGGAUGGGCCACAAAAACCGGUGACCAUUCUCGCCACUUGUUCUGUCGGCAAGAACUUGGGUAUCGCCCUGGAGGAUUUCCAUGAUUUCCUGUCAUUGUUGAUGAGUGAUCUAAUGGCGCUUAAUAAGCCACUCAACCGGCUGAACCUAACCGACGGACUCGGCGUACGACAUGCUUCUCUAGCCGGCAUACGCAUGGAGUCAAUGCCGUUGUCAGUGUUUUUCAUGACACUUGUCACGUUUCUACCCAUCCAAAUUUGUCGUGCAGAGGCGAAUACGCUAACGUUGUUGCAGGAUGGAAUGGAUGAGCCACGUAACGAGGCAGAAGAUGGCAUGGACGAGAGUUCAUGGGGGACAGCAGCCAUUGCCGAAUCCAUCAGGUUUGGUCUCUUGUCCCCGCUACUGAGUGCGUGGCAAGGUCGUUGUGUUGUGGUCACGUCAAUGGGAAAGCAAUCGACGGGAAAAAGCUAUUUUCUGAACCACCUGACUGGAUCAUCGUUUGCGAUCGCAGGAAAUCGCUGCACCGAUGGGGCAUGGAUGACCUUGCGCAUCAUGAAAGAUGUUUUGCUGGUCGUGCUGGAUUUCGAAGGUCUAGGCUCAUUUGAGCGCACUGAUCAAGAAGAUGUGUUUCUGGCAGUUCUCAACGCUUCCUUGUCGAUGUUCACUAUUUUCCGAAUGGAGAUGCGGAUCGACAAAGAAGUGGACGACCUCUUCACAAAGUUCCAGAAAGGAGUGAAUCUCCUAAAAAUGACAGUCGUCUGUUCCAAGGGAAGUUAUAUAUGA